AUGUCGGAUCUCAUACCCUUCCCCGCGCUCAAGCUCCUGUACCCCAUCCGCGAACCAAAUUAUACGCGAGACCGUCCACUUCAAGUGCUUGCGUUAGGCCUUGGCCGCACCGGUACCGAUUCCCUCCAACUCGCCCUCACGGAGCUAGGCUACUCUGACGUCUACCAUGGCUGGAAAGUCGGCGGCAGCGAAUCCGCCGCCUGCCCACAAUGGACGCGCCUCUCCCGGGCCAAGUUCUCCCACCGGAAUCAAGACCUCUCCUUCCUGAACCGCGAAGAAUUCGACAAAGUCCUCGGUCACAGUGCCGCCGUCACGGAUCUCCCUUGCGCCGCUUUUGGUCCAGAGUUACUAAGAGCUUACCCGGAUGCCAAGGUGAUUUUGAAUCGCCGGGACGAUGUGGACGUGUGGUACGAGUCUCAGCGGAAGACCAUCGAUACCAUUUGGACGGACUGGCGAAGUAUACUGAGAGCUUGCUUUGAGCGGGAGUGUUUCUGGGUUUGGAGGUUGGUGGUGUGGAAUCCGCGGGCGCUUUAUGAGUGGGAUUUCCAGAAGAAUGGGAAGACGGGGUAUGCGAAGCACUACGAUGAGCUGGAGGCGGAGUGUAGGAGCCAGGGGCGGGAGUGGUUGGAUUGGAGGGUACAGGAUGGGUGGGAGCCCCUCUGCGAAUUCCUAGAAAAACCUAUCCCGGACCACCCUUUCCCGAACGAGAACGCGAUGGGAGGGUAUGCGCAAAAGCGGGUGCAGCUUCAUAUCCAGCGGAUGCAGCGAGCGGAUCGGAAUAUUGCGAUCGCUGGGGUUGUUGCCACUGCGUCUUUGGUGGCGGCGGUGAGUUGGUAUGUGGAUGGUCACGCGACUCUUAAGGAGCAAGUACGGUGGCUGUAUCAGCAGGGUGAUGCGGUGCUGCAGAGGCUGCGAUGA